UCUCCCUUUCCAAGAUGGCGGCGGCCGAGGCCUCCGCUUCGUUCCUGGGCCUGGGCCCCGGUUCCCGUGACCCCAGUUCCGGUUCCCGGCGCCGGUCCCGGGGGCCCCGGAACCGGAAGAAGGGUUGGAAGCGGCUGUCGGGCCCCGAGGCCCAACUGGGCCGCGAGGUCAGCGACUUCCUGGAGGAGGUGGCCUCGGAGCAGCGGAUCACGGGAGGCCUCAUCUCAGAGCAACCGGACGAAGGCCUCUUCUUCCUGGACACUGGGAACGCCACCAAGGACAAGGGCCGCCCCUCCCCCCCCCAGAAGCCUCUCCACGUGGAUCUGGUUCUGCAGCCGCUUUCCAAGGUGCCGGCACCCAAAGACAUCCUCGCCCACCAGAUUCCCAACGCCCGGAAGCUUCGGCACCAUCGGGAAUUCUGGGCCAAGCAGGCGGCAAAGGGACGAUUCCCACGGGAAGAGCGGCGCCUCCGGAGCCGCCUCCGGAGGGAUAAACCCCCCCCCGCCCCCCCCCACCGGGAAAAGGGGCGCUCGGACCCACAGAGGGACUUCUAUGACCUGUGGGGGGCCCAUAACCCUCUGGACCAGGCACUGGUGGGGCAGGACCCAUGGUUCCUGCAGCAGACCAAGAAGGCCAAGAUCAAGCGUCCCACGCGGCUGCAGCCGCUUCCGGAGGUGCCGGCUCUGGAGGUCAUCGAUGGCGGCGGCUCCUAUAACCCUGCCUUUGGGGAGCACCAGGCACUGCUGUUACGGGCACACGAGGAGGAGCUGAAGAAGCAACGGGAAGAGCAGAAACUGGAGCGGAGGCUGAAGAUCCCGGACGGAAUUCCGCUUCCCACCCCUGAGACAGUGCUCCAGGAGCAGUGCGAGGGGCUCCUGGAGGAGGAGGAGGAGGAGGAGGAGGAAGAGCAGGAUAAGGAAGUGGAGCCUCGGGAAGCUCCAAAGGGAUCCAAGGGGAAGAAGACGGAGCAGCAGAGGCGCAGGGAGAAGGAAGCGCGAGCGCUGGCGCAGCAGCAGCGGAGGGAGGCGGCCGCGCGGCGCGCGCGCCAGGAGCUGUUCCGGUUGCGCGCCCUCCGCCGUCACGUGACGCGCGCGGAGGCGGAGCUCCGGCGGCGGCGCGCGCUCAGGGCGGCCGCGCGCGCCGCCGAGAGGUCACGACCCCGACGCGUGGGGAGGCUGCGGUACCAGGCGCCAGCUCUGGACGUGCAGCUGAGCCACGAGAUCCCCGAGUGCCUGCGGGGGCUGAAGCCGGAAGGCAGCAUCCUCCGGGAUCGCUUCAAGAGCUUCCAGAAGCGGAACAUGAUUGAGCCAAGGGAAAGAGCCAAGUUCAAGCGCAGGUAUCGCCUCAAGUAUGUGGAGAAGAGGGCGUUCAGGGCCGUGACGUGA